AUGAAGGGCUACCAGGUGAGCCGCAGCCUGUCACAGCACUCAUCUGGGCCAUGCCACUGCACGCCUGAGGAGUUCGAGGCCACGCGUGACUACUUACGCCAUGCAGACCACCUGUACUAUCCCCCUGGGGGACCACCUGAGCCCCUGGCACUGCCCCCUUCUGGAGGAGGCACUUUCCCACGUUCACAUUCCACUCAGCAGCAGCCGUAUGACUCAUGCGAAGAAUGCUUGUCUUCAGCUGGGCAUGGACAUGGGCAUGGGCAUGGACAUGGGCAUGGACAUGGGCACCCAAAAAUGCACCGCAUCCCUCCUAACCUGCUGGAUCAGUUUGAGAAGCAACUACCCUUGCACCCAGAUGGCUUCCAUACUCUACAGUACCAGCGCUCAGCCAGUGGGGAGCAGCGCAGUGAGAGUCCCAGCCGCAUCCGCCACCUGGUGAACUCUGUCCAGCGCCUAUUUGCCAAGUCACAUUCACUCGAAGCACCAUCCAAGCGUGAGUUCAAUGGAUUCAGAGAUCGUGACCGAGAGCGAACCCAGCGCAGUGGAGGUGAAGAGGGCACAGGGCACCACCACCCAGGAACACAUCAGUCACGCUCGACACGCCGCAACAAGAGUCGGGAACGCAGCAAGAGUGGAGACUCGCGCCAUGAAUCCCGGCACUCCUCACGCCACCGCAGCAAGACAGCUGGCUGGUGGAGCUCUGAUGACAACCUGGAUAGUGACAGUAGUUUCCUGGUGGCUGGAGGCAGGGGGUCAGGACGGGGAUACCCACCAGGUCAUGAGACCCUGGAUGCAGCCAUCCAGGAGCUAACCUUGAAGAAGGUGAAAGGUCAUGCUUCUGGAGAGUGCUUAGCAUGCAGCACCAUGGCCAGGACAGGAGAUAGUGCGCAUUCUCUUAAAAGGAGCACCUGGUCAGCCAUGACUGUCAACCAAGCCAGAGAAGCAUAUCCCGCUUCCAGGGGAGGAGGAUCAGGCUAUGAAAAGGCUCUGGUACCUCUUGAUGCCAAGUUGAAGGAACGUAAUCUACAUUACCUACAGGUUCCCACUGAUGAGUGGGGUGGAGGGGGAGGGUCAGAAAGCGGAGGAGAGAUCCCGUGCAGACGCAUGCGCAGUGGCAGCUACAUUAAGGCCAUGGGUGACGAUGACAGCGCAGACUCAGACACCAGCCCCAAAACUUCACCAAAACGCUUGCUCAUUGCUCAGAGAGAUGCUUUCCGGCGUUCCAUCAGCAUGGACCAGCGCGCGUCUACAGCCAAGUACUCAUGUAAACAGUGUACAGAUUCCUAUUCAAACAACCGUACCACACCGAAAGGCCAUGCACGCUCUCGGAGCUACACGCGCUCCUUGACCAGCUCACAGCUGGGGGACACGCUGAAUCGUCAGUUCGAGUCAGUGUGUGAGAGCAUGUUUGGAGAGAUAGAGUCUCAGGCCGUGGAGGCCUUGGAUCUGCCCGGCUGCUUUCGUACACGCAGCCAUAGCUACGUGCGUGCCAUUCAAGCAGGCUGCUCCCAAGACGAUGACUGCCUGUCCGUCUUCUCCAUGUCUGGCCCUCAGGGGAGUGUCAAGGGUGGAGCAGUGUUCCCGUAUAGGAAAGGCCCGCCUCCACUUCCACCACGCAUGUCCAAGCCCAUGAUCUCAGUAACAGCACAAAGCAGUACUGAGUCCACUCAGGAUGCCUACUUCCAGAGUCGGCCCAAACAGCACAGUAAUUCUGUGGACCUGAGCGAAAGCUCCAGAGGAGGAUACUACCCAAUUGGGGGUGCCGUGCGCAUCAGACAGAGCAGCAACUCCACAGAGAGCGUAAGCAUGGAUGGUCGAGCCUUGAGGGACUCUGUCUAUGUGGGAGGGACAGGAGCCAUAAGGCCCAAGCACAGUGCCUCAGCUGAAAAUCUACUUGAAGGGCCAAGGGUGCUGAGGGAGCGUGGUGGAGGCAGCCUGGGCAAAUCUGCCUCCCUUCCUCAGGCCAGUAUCAUGCUGAGCAAGACCGUUAAGAGCAUGGAGGAGCAGAAGCCGGAAGGCAAAGGGCGCAAGUGGAGACCCUCUAUAGCUGUUCAGGUGGAUAGCUCUGAAACGUUGUCAGACUCAGAUACAGAGGGAAAAGCACUGAGAGAAGUGCACUCCAUUGGAGUCCAAGUCGAGGAUGAUAAAAGACGAGCACGAUUCAAACGCUCCAACAGUGUGACAGCAAGCGUCCAGGCUGAUCUAGAGAUGGAGGAUUUUGGGGUUCUGAGUGUGCCAACGCAGGACAAGGGGCUGCAAUUUGGCUGCUCAUUCCAGCGACACUCCUCAGAGCCUGAGUCGGAAUAUCGCUCCACCGUGCACACACAGGGCCAGUGGGCAUACCGGGACCACUACCAUGGUGCCUACUCCACUGAGCCCUGUGCUCUGGAGCUGAGGGCUCUGCCUCACACAAACACAGAGCGAGCAGUGGCAAGUUGGCAUGAAGGCCCACGCAGCUUGCCUGACUCAGGCCGAGCUUCACCAUGCCUCCGUGACGGAGAGUUCUUCCUCCGCCUGCUGCAAACUGAGGUGGAGAGGAUGGAGGGAUGGUGCCAAAGCAUGGAACGAGAAGCAGAGGAGAAUGAGCUGCCAGAUGAUGUGCUGGAACUGAUCAGAGCAGCAGUGGGCAAUGCACAGAUGUUAAUGUCCCAGAAGGUGCAGCAGUUCUUCCGCAUGUGCCAGCAGAGCGUGGACCCCACAGCAUACCCCCAGCCCACCACUCAGGACCUGGCUGGUUUCUGGGACCUGCUGCAGUUGGCCAUUGAGGAUGUGCGUGUGAAGUUUCAAGAUCUACAGCGAAUCAAGGAAUCAGGCUGGAGGCUGCCUCCUGAGAAGAAGGAAGAGACAAAGCUUCCUCCUCCAUUACCAAAGAAGCCAGCAGGUGGAGUGACUGGGAGUCUGCGGGCAGAAAGCAUGGCAGAGGCAGGAGCAGGAAGCACUGGUGGCACACUAAUGGUCUCUCGUGGUCGUAGUAUGCCCGUACCCUUGCCGUUGCGGGAGAAAUCCCUAGAGCUGGGUGAUCGGCAGAGGCUGGAUGCGAGGCGAAGGCUCCUCCAAGCAGGUCCCAAGCGAGCUGCUUCUUUCCGUCAGAAUUCGGCUACAGAGAGUGGGGAUAGCAUCGAGAUCUACAUCCCUGAAGCCCAGACCAGACUGUGA